AUGGACGCGUCCAACCUCGGGCUAGCCAUGCUUGAUCCCGCCUACGAGUCAUAUAUACAGAUCCAGUUUGAUGACGAAGAGAAAUUGCUCAUCGACAAAGUUGGUAGCGGCCAUGACGAGUUUUCAAUCAAUGUCAGGGAACACUUGUGCAUUACCAUCGCGUUGUGGUCGUGGGGUUCAAAGUGGAGCGCACAAGCGAACGGACGCACAACUCAUGUCAAGUGUUGGAGUGACAAUGCCGCAGCUGUGAGUUGGUGCAAUCGGAUGCACUCCAACAACGCGUUCAGCCAAGAAAUAAAUCGGGCGAUUGGUCUGGCUGAGGUGUAUUUCAACCUUCGAGUAUCGGCGGAUCAUAUUCCAGGAUCGGCCAAUUGGAUGGCUGAUGCAGCUUCGCGAGCUUGGACCGAACCUUACAUUGCUCGAUGGACUAAUUUUUCUUCGUGUUGGGUGCAGACACAAGAAAAUUUACAUCGACUUCUCGAAUCUCUUCAGUCCGAGUCACUGGCCACGACGUCCAAGAUCAAGUAUGCAAGCACAUGGACACAGUGGUGUAGAUGGUGUGAGCGGCUUCAAUUCGCAAAAUGGCUGCCAGAAGACCGCCGGCAACAUUCGUACCAGCUCGCCCUUUUCACCACGUACUGCUGGAAAUAUGGCUGGGGAAAAUCGGGAUCGAGGAAUUCUGCCUCGACCGUGCUCUCUAAAGUCAGCCAUAUUGCGUGGCAUCAUAGGCGAACCCUUGGUUACAACGUCGGCCUUCUGCCUAACCACCAACUCGCUAUCACCGGAAUGCGGCGGAAAGACCCAUCAAGCAAGCCAAAAUCUCCCGUUACAAGCUCAAUCCUCAAGUGCCUGCAUGAGCUCCUCGAUUUCGCAGUUGCCCAGCACCGGGUCAUUUGGGGGGCUUCGGUGCUGGGCUUCUUCUUUCUUUUUAGAAGACCCGAAUAUUUGGCUCAAGGUUCAAGGAUGCACGACUACGCAGCUCUGAGAGCGGACGUCAAAUUUGUGGAUGCUAGAGGCCACGAGACCCGAAACCUUCAUGAUGUGACUUCGGUGAUUCUACAAUAUCGAGGGAGUAAAUCCGACCAAUUUGGCAAGGGUACUUCUCGAGAAUUGGCGAGAUCUGGGCAUCGGUGGUGUUGCCCUGUACUAGCAGCAUGA